CUGGGCUGCUCCGGCUCCUGUGUGAGCUCUGCCUGCCCGCCGGGCUCUACUCCGGCUCCUGUGUGAGCUCUGCCUGCCCGCCGGGCUCUGCUCCGGCUCCUGUGUGAGCUCUGCCUGCCCGCCGGGCUCUGCUCCGGCUCCUGUGUGAGCUCUGCCUGCCCGCCGUGCCCCGCAGCCUCCCUGCACUGUCCCUGGGCUGCUCCAGCUCCUGUGUGAGCUCUGCCUGCCCGCCGGGCUCUACUCCGGCUCCUGUGUGAGCUCUGCCUGCCCGCCGGGCUCUGCUCCGGCUCCCCGUGUGGGCUCUGCCUCCCCGCCGGCUGGGGACGGUGCCGAUGGAUGCCAUCCUGAACUGCAAGCCGGAGGACCUGGAGGAUUACUACAGCUUGCUGGGAUGCGAUGAGCUAUCGACGAUGUAUUCUACUCCAAGCCAAGCUUUUUGCAAGGAAAAUUAACUUGAAGAAAGAAUAUGCACUACUGGUUAUGGAGUGAGUUAUCUUGUGGCGUCCACGAUGGAAACCCCGUGGGGUGCUGGCUGAAUUUCCUUUGGAGAGGGUGUGGAGGAAGCCACCCAAACACACAAAUUGAUCUUCAGCAAUGCAGAGAGCCUUUGCUUCCUGCUCUGAGACUCUGCUGAAGGUUGAACAGAUUCUUGCUGAAUAUAAGAUCAAGGCCCUUGAAUGCCAUCCUGACAAGCAUCCUGGAAACCCCAAAGCAGUGGAGGAUUUCCAGCGGCUGCAGCAGGCCAAGGACACGCUGACGGACGCGGAGCGCCGGGCCCGCUACGACCACUGGCGGCGGAGCCGAGUCCCCGUCCCGUUCCGGCACUGGGAGGCGCUGAGCAGCUCCGUCAGGACGUCAAUGCACUGGGCUGCCCAAAGCAAGAAGGACCAAAUGCUGGAAGCUCCUGGCUUUGGUAACACCAACAGCAGAACCAACGAGAUGUGGGCCCAGCAGAGGGAAAGCAGUGGAGAGGGAUUGUUGGAAGGGAGCAGGGAACAAGAAGAUGUUGCAAUCCCUGAUGUGCAAGCACAGUCUCCAAAGAAUCCAGACUCCCCAAGAUUUUCAGAGGGGAAUUACUGGCACUUGCGUUUCCGCUGGUCAGGCGAUGCUCCGUCAGACCUUCUGAGGAAAUUCAGGAACUAUGAGAUCUGAAAUGAGAAACACACAGGAGCAUGAGAUCAUCUCUUCACCAUUCCCUUUGUAUUUUUAACAGCAGUUAUAAGUUAUUUGUAUUUUGUAUUCUUUAUUGAAAUGUGUUGUUGUAGUCAAUGUCCAAAUACUGAUUUAUCACACAUGCUGUGAGCAUUACAGAUGGAAACUUUUCUGUUUUUCAGUAUUAAUAUAAAUUGAUGUUGUGAAGUUAUCUAACAUCUUGUAUAUCGUUUCUUAUAUUCUCAAAUAUUGUGUAAUGAUUAAUAUUUUGUUCAAUAGUGUGAUGUUAUAAAAACAUACUCUCAGUAGAGCUCUGGGCUCCAGGGUGUCCUGAUCAGAGAGGAUCUUCCAAAAAAGCUUUAUGACAGAACUGUAAACAGAGCUCUGCUUAACUCUGUGCUCUGCUUCACUUCUCCAUUGCCUUGUACUCACUGCAGUGAUUUAUAAUGUACUCACUACCAACUUAACUUGUAGGAGAGUUGUGAUCUUAUGUUAUAGAUGAAAUAAGAAGGUUCUUGUUAUCCAAGGUCUCUAUGACAGAUCAAGCACUCCUGAAAAUCACUUGUUUUCUACCUUAACGAGGACACUUUUUGCAUCAGCAAUAUGUUUGUUUUGGAAGGCAGUUGCAGAACUUUACUUCUCCAGAUAGCAAUUUUUGUCUCAAGAUGUAUUGGUGGAAGACUGAUCCCCUGUGUAUGUGUGCCAACAUUGUCCCGUGGCUUCAGAGCAAUUCCCCUCCCUGCUCAGCUGUGCUAGACUUGGUUUUACCAGGGUUUUGUACAGUGAGGAGUGAAACAUCAGACUAGUCAGCACUAAUGUGUACAAAAUCUCACAUGAAAGUUUUUGACACUUUGGGCAACUUUUCAAAUUCUGCACUGUUGUUUAUUUAUUUUGUGUUUGUUUUCUUCUUUGCAAGCUUGGCUAAUAUGUCAGGUAUUGACAUUGUGGUUUUGUGCAGGCAGAUAAUUCCAUCAGCAGCAAAUAAAACUUCAUGCAUACAGAAAA